AAACACUACCUAAAGUCUUCCUAUUUUCUUUCCCUCAAACUCUGUUUGGAUCUAAGAUUAGAAUAGACCCUCAAGGAAAUGUGCAAAAAUUUGCGAGGAUGGGAUGAAUUGAUCAUGCUUGUCUUCAUUUUUAAUGGGGAUCCAAUAUGAGGAAAAAGGUUUUCCACAUUACCUGGCUGCAUGGUGAGUCAAAGCCAAACUCAGUUUGUGGGUUGGGCUUGAAUACAAGGAUUGGGAUUAAAAUGUGUUAAGGUUAGCUAGGAUUCAAUUUAUUGACUGACAUAUCUUUAGGGAGUCGUGUUACGCAACAUGAAUUUCUUUUGGUAGAGCAUGAGUUCUAUCUAGGUGUGUCACACGGUGGUCAUGAAUUGAAAGAGGUUUAUUGCAUGAAGGGAUUUGUUUCGUUCCAAAAAUGAUGACCCUUUUCCUUUGUGAUUUAUAACUUGAACCCUUGUUUUGAAGGGUGGAAUCCAAGUUCGAUUAAUGAGAGAAUGACCCUUUGGAAUCAUAUAUAAAUUGGAGCCUCAAUCACCGAGUUUCCUCAUGUAUGCCAUGUGAUUAAACAGUCAUUGAUGCUUCUGCAGAUAGAAAGAAUAUUUUUCAUGUUCAGAUGGUGUUAUUGUUAGAGUUGUUUUGUUGCUUCCAUGGCUUUACACAUAUAUCUAUUUAACAUAAUUAGCUUUAAUUUACCGUGAAAGUAACAAAACAAUUUCGAUAAUAACAUCGUCUCAUACACUGAACAUGAAAAGGGAAGUUUCAAUCACUAAUGACAUAUGGUUGAUUAUUCUAAGAAGUGCCAAUUUAAGGUAAUGCUGUGCGUCUGUGCUUUUCCUAAAAGAUACAUUGCUUGUGUGGAAUGACAUUGGACUAACUAAAAUUCUUUAGUAAGACUUUCUUACCUAAACAUUGUUGAAUAGUAGGCAUAUGAUGACCAAACAAAAAAUUUGUGGGCAUAAUUUUCACGAGUUGUUAGUUCAGAUGCUCUUUUUGGCACAAGAGGUUUGUAGCAUAGAAAAAUCUGUGUUAUUGGGAUAAGCGUUUGGAACUUUCAACUUUGGAUGCUGUCUUUUGAGCGUGCCCUUGAGUCAUUUUUAUCAGCUUCUUCUUCUUGUUCCUCCUGUUUCUCCCUCUCUGUACAUCUUUUUCUUUUUCCCACUUUCAAAAUCUACAUUAUUUACACUUUCAAAAGGGAAGCAAAUUGGAAAUUCUCACAGGCAAAAAGGAAAAAGAAUUUCAUCCUCCAUUGAUGGCCUCGAUCCAAGAGUUAAAGCAUAUCUAAGAGUAUGGAUUCAGUUAAGCGAUCAGCAGUGACCCCAAGUAAGAGUAGAUUGGCCCGCACUUUUGCUAAGGUCCUUCACAUUCGCAUGGUCACUGGCGUUGCCCCAGUAGAUGGAAUUCAGAAAAUCAAGGCCCCGGAAAGCAGCAAGGAUGAUCAGGAUACCGGUAGUUGGUCUCGGUCUCAGUCUUAUGAUGACAACGAUGAAAAACUCAGGAACACAGCUGAGCUGGAAGCCCAUCUUGCACAACUAUUUGCUAGCAUAUCAUCUGUUAAAUCAGCAUAUGCCCAGCUACAGUAUGCUCAGUCUCCUUAUGAUUCCAAUGGGAUUCAAUCUGCUGAUCAGAUUGUGGUUUCUGAGUUGAAGAAUUUGUCAGAGCUGAAGCGGUGUUAUCUGAAGAAACAGUUUGAUCCUUCCCCUGAAAGGACACUGUGUUUGGCCGAAAUUCAGGAGCAGAAGAGUCUUUUGAAAACGUAUGAAAUCAUGAGGAAGAAGUUGGAAUGUCAGAUGAAACUCAAGGAUUCUGAAAUCACUUUUCUUAGAGAGAAGUUGGAAGACUGCCAUAAGCAGAACAAGUCGCUUGAGAAGAGAUUAAAUCCAAGUGCGCAUUUAUCUGUGCUCGACAAUCUGCACCUAUCGGGCAUAAGUCCCAGCCAUUUCAUCACAGUUCUUCAGCAUACGGUUAAAUCUAUUCGAAGCUUUGUCAGACUGAUGAUCAAUGAGAUGGAAUCAUCAGGCUGGGAUAUCAAUGCAGCUGCUGCAGCUAUACAACCAAGUGUAGUCUUUUUGAAAGCCACUCACAGAUGCUUGGCCUUUGAGUCGUUUGUUUGCCGAGAAAUGUUUGACAGUUUUCACUUCCCAAACUUUUCUCUCCCAAAUGAGUCAUUGCCAGAGCAAAAUCAAUGGCAGCGGUUCUUCUUUGAGAGAUUCAUCAAAUUGAAAUCCACAAGAGUGAAGGAAUAUCUUGCCCGGAAGCCAAAGUCAACAUUUGGUAAAUUCUGCCGUGCCAAGUACCUGAAGCUCGUCCACCCCAAGAUGGAAUCAUCCUUCUUCGGCAACCUCAGCCAGAGAAACAUUGUCAACUCUGGAAACUUUCCAGACACCCCUUUCUUCACCUCAUUCUCAGAAAUGGCGAAGCGGGUUUGGCUCCUGCAUUGCCUGGCCUUUUCAUUCAACCCUGAGGCCAAAAUCUUCCAAGUCAACAAGGGCUGCCCCUUCUCUGAAGUCUACAUGGAAAGCAUUAUCGAUGAACCAUCUCCCCCCCCAGGCUGCCCACCGGACACCCACUCACGAGUGGCAUUCACUGUAGUUCCAGGAUUCAGGAUUGGUAAAACUGUUAUACAGUGUCAGGUAUAUCUCUCCCAAUGUUAAUCUGCCAUGGAACCAAGAUUAUCGAAUGCGAUGAUAGGGCACAACAUAUGGACCCACAGCACAUCUGAAUUGAACUGGAGGCCAUUUCUUUAGACGUUUUCUGAUAGUAAAAUUAUGGGAAGAUGAUGAGAAAUGAAAUGGCUUGCCUGGUUGCUGAGGGUGUUGUGGGGACUCAAAAACAUUGGGCAGAGUACCGAGCCAUGCCGUGUCUUUGUUUUGUGGCCAUUUUUAAAAGGAAAAGCGCGUGGACCGUUAUGGGAGCACCGACUGAACCUUUAUUUCAUUUUCUACUACUCUCUAUAUAUAGUAGUAGUAUAUAUAGAGUCAUUCUCCCAAUUUUGUUGAUAUUUAGGAAGCCCCAGAGGGGCUGUUUGGCUGUAUUAUAUUGGAUUCUCUCUAUGUGACAUGGGUUUUUAUUUAUUUUUUACCAUUUUUAAUGCUAGUACAGGGAAAAGGAGUAGAGCUUUUUCAUUA